AUGAGUGCAACACUGUCUUUUGGAGCCCAGAAUAUGGGGCCCGACGAGCAUUCCCUGUGCUGGAAUGCCGGACAUGAAUCUGUUCUCCGGUUGCAGAGCCCGGUCAUCCUCGAAUGGGGAGGAACAGAAGAGCCAUUUUCCGCAGGCGGGCGUAGAGAGACUCUGGGCUAUCAAGAGGUACAAACAUCUUCAAGCGAUACGACGGGCACAGUUGCUUUCGCCAGGGAAGGCGUAACAGGAAGCCUCCAGGACAAGUGGACAAAGUUAGAUGCUAGCAGUUUCUUGGUCUCACGUUCCGUUCAAAUCUCAUCAGCGUCAUCUCACAUUGGAUUGCGUGUUGGACUGGCAUUGCAGCCUUCCUUCCCUGAAGGGGUCGAUUACAACGAUAUGGAAUAUUACGCACCCAAUGCGUGCUACAACCUGAAUGAUCUGAAUGAAGAUGGACUGGAAGAUUAUCUCGAAACCAAGAGACUUUCAUACCGGGAAGAUCGGCUGAACGCUCUCUCAGUGCUUGCAUACCACCCAAAGCGACAGAUCGCAAUCUCCCUUUCAAGGGCUGAUAUACCGAAAUUCGACCAGGAACCCUCACGCAAAGUUGGCCAACAGGGUUUCCUGCAAGACACGGAUAUCGGAUCCCUUGGGUUCGAACCGCACGACAAUGGUCUUCACAACUCUUUGCUGACCGGAUCAUACCCGUACGUCGAGAGAGACGCCUGCAACGCUCUCCUCGUCCAGCAACGGACGCCUUGGGGAGCAUUCCGGCCCGUCUCAGCUGGGGAUCGUUUCAAUGUGUCUUACAUCGUCCGGAUUUUCAAUGCAAAAUCGGGGCAUGAUGCGCUAUGGGAGCUGUUGCGACGACAGUUUGCCACGCUGAAACCAAACCCAGUGCAGCUCGACCAGCCUCUCGAAAAGAUCUCUGCGUCGAGACUCACUGCUCUCUCGCACUAUUUCAUGGAGGAUAGUUCUGGCGGCGCAGGUUUUGUAACGAAUUGUCAUCCACAAGAUGGCAAGCAGUUGGCCAAUGUUGUGCAGUACGGCUUCACCGGCCAGCAGAUAAUGAACGCAGCCAACCUGCUAAAGGCGUCAAAGCCGGGGAGUGAGGGCUACGAAAAGGCUUCGAAAGUGAUCAAAUUCUAUGUGGGCAAUGCCUCAAAGUCGCCAUUUGGAUUCACUUACGGCCUGUACAAUAUGGAUCUUCAGAGGCACGGCUCUUGGUGGACUGGUCUGCUACUCCCGCUCGCAUAUGCCGAGCCUGGGGAUGACCUCGAGAAGCACAUGGGACCACUAUACGCCCAUCGUGAGAACAUCAUCAAAGCUCUCUCAGGCACACACGGUGUGUAUCUCCGUUGUGUUUUGGAGGAAACCGAAGCAUUACUGGGGCUGUACGAGACGCUGCCGUCAGCGCCGCGCGAAUGGUUCGGUGUUAUUGAGGCGUUUGGCCGUUUCCUUCUCUCGAAGCAGGAGCAAGAUGGAGCCUGGAGAAGAGCGUACGACCUCGAUGGCCAACCAUUGGUGUCACCGGACUUUUGGUUUGGUCAGACUUACUAUCAACAAAGAUCCUCGACAGCGACCGUUAUUCCAUUUCUGUUGCGCCUCAGCAAGAUCACCGGGGACGAUGCCUACCGGAUUGCUGCCAUCAGAGCUGGACGAUUUGUCCGCGAACAAUUGGUGGACAAGGUCAAGCAUAACGGAGGAAUUCACGAUUCGAUUUAUGCAAAACCGCAGUUGAUGGACCACGAAAGUAUUUACUUCUGCUGUCAUGCGUUGCUCGCCCUGUACGAAGACAAACAAGUCGGUGGCUCGUACUUCCUUGAAGGCGCCAUACGUGCUGCGCAGCUCAGUGCCAGUUGGAUCAUGCUGUGGGAUGUGCCCUUGCCACCUACCUCGACACUUGGGAGGCUUGGAUUCCGAAGCACUGGCAUUGCUGGAUGCGACACUCCGGGAGCUGGCUACUUCCAUCCCAUGGGAGUCAUUGCAGUGCCGGACCUCAUUCGGAUCUCACAAAUCACAGGAGAUACACUCUUUCUCGACAUUGCGGAACUGUGCUUCAUGGGCAACAACCAAAACGUAGGCACGAAAUGGGGUUACGCAAUGGAAGGCCUGCAAGAGGAGGGCGUACUGGUCAGCCCGUGGUUCGUGGAUGAUCCAAUGUUUGCAAAGGAAACGGGCUUUGGUGGUAGGGGCAAGGGUGAAGGCAACAAGACGUGUUUGCCGUGGAUCUCUGCUGUCACGGUGGCUUCAGUGACAGAAAUGCGGGACAGGUUUGGCACUCUUGAUUUCGGAAAGCUAAGAGAGGCCAUCCGACCAUUGAAGAACGGCGUCAAUGGUUUUCAUGUGGAUGGUGUUGGAAAGGGAAAACUCUCCUCGGUCACCGUUUCCGAGAUUCGGGAGAAAUCGUUAGUCAACGGCGUUCACUGAGUAGAGAUAGAAUAGAAUUCCUGGUAGAUUGGCGACACUAGAUAGAAGAGGGUCGACGGGUCAUGAUAGAGAUUGGAAUCGAAGGUUGGAUUGCAG